AUCCUGGCUAGGUGGUUGGUCUGGGUUGAUCACUGCAAUUAAAUCAUCAUGCUUCCGCCAUUCGAUUACUUUACGUAUCGGCGCGUGCGAGCCCUCAAGCAGAACGAGCGCGCCGCUCGCUUCGCCUCCCUUCCUCCUCGCUACCACGACUCCCUCACAAGCCACGAUAAAUCACUCCUCACCCAAUCCAUCCAGUCCCUUGUGCAAGAGGUCCAAAAUGGGAGCCUCCCUGCGCUCGACGUCCUCGAAACAUACGGCAAGGUAGCCGUGCGCGCGCACGAAAGGACGAACUGCAUCACGGAGCUGCUCCUCCCGGAGGCAGAGACUUGGGCUGAAUCAGAGGUCAACCUGAAGGGCCCGCUGGCUGGCGUGCCCGUCUCCUUGAAGGAUUCGAUUCAGGUGAAGGGGUUUGAUACGACGCUCGGGUAUACUAAACUAGCGGGAAAGCCGUAUGCCGAGGAUGGGGCUAUGGUGAGGUUGUUGAAGGAUGCGGGGGCCAUACCAUACGCCAAGACAGCUCUCCCCGUAACCCUGCUGUCUUUUGAAUCCGCCAAUGCGCUAUGGGGCGCGUGUCGCAACCCCCAUGUCCCUGAGUACUCUCCGGGCGGGUCGACAGGCGGAGAAGGCGCGUUGCUGGCGCUAGGAGGUCGCAUUGGAAUCGGAUCGGACGUUGCAGGGUCCGUUCGCGUGCCUGCGGCGUGGAGUGGCAUCUACUCGCUGCGGUGCAGCACGGGACGGUGGCCCAAGGCGGGCGUGAACACGAGUAUGGCGGGCCAGGAAGGGGUCGCGAGCGUGUUUAGCCCCAUGGCGAGGACGUUGAAUGAUCUGACGUAUUUCACGAAGGCGAUCGUGGGGAUGCAGCCUUGGACGUAUGACUAUUCGGUGCAUCCGAUCGCGUGGAGAGAGGAAGAGGAGAGGGAGGCGAAGAGUGGGAAGUUGCGCAUUGGCUUGAUGAGUACUGAUGGGGUGGUCCCUCCGACUCCGGCCAUUCAACGCGCCGUGUCCACGACUGUCGCUGCUCUUACUGCCGCCGGACAUACCGUCUCGGAGAUCACGCCCCCAGCGACUGCGGACCCCUUCACCGGCCUGAACCUGGCGUCGCAGCUCCUCAACUCCGAUGGCUGUGUCACCUUCAACUCACACCGGCACAAUUUUGAGCCGUCCGAUCCCGGAGCCGAUCAGCUGACGCGCAUUGCCAAACUUCCUCGUUUCCUUCGCUACCUGUACUCCCUCUACGUGCAAUACAUCCGACGAGACCCGACCUGGGCGGCGCUGAUCCGCGCGUUCAGUCCGAAGUCCGCAGCGGACCUGUGGAAGCUGGUGGCCAAACGCGAAGCCUUCCGUGCGACCUGGCAUGCAUGGUGGGACACCGAGUCCCAGCAGUACGACUUCAUCCUGUGUCCGGCCAACGCCACCCCGGCGCUGCCUCAUCGGGCGAUGCGCGACGCCGUGUCAUCAUGCGGAUACACUUUCCUGUGGAACCUGCUCGAUUACUCGGCGGGCGUGCUGCCCGUGUCGCAUGUCGACGCCAAGAAAGACGCCCUCCCGGCGCCGUACAAGAUGGUGCUGAAGCAGCUUGGCAGCGACCACGCCGUCGCGCGCGGAGCCUGGAAGCACUACGACGCGGCCAAGAUGGCGGGACUCCCGACCGCGGUGCAGGUGGUGGGACGACGAUGGCAGGAAGAGAAGGUUCUGGGGUAUAUGGCGGCUGUCGAGGGGGCACUGGAGCAGUAUUACGAUGCGGAGACCGGGGAGGGAGGAAAGUACCCAUUGAUCGAGCUGGAUUAGUCGCUCGGCAUGUCCGAUAGGUUCUUGCUGGUAGAUGAACAGAAAUCAACGAU